UGAGCUGGAGAAGGUUGCUGUCGGAGGAGAGGGUCAAUCUCAGCUCACUCCUUCUCACUCUCUCCUCUCAGCCCUCCUUCCUCCCCUCCUCCUGAGACAUGGGGGAGUGUUUCACUAUGGUCCCCAGUCUUAACACUUCUGAGGGGCACUGAGACGCCACACUGAGCUCUGGAAGCUAGCUGUGACGGACAAAAGCCACACACACACGCACACACACUCGGCAUGGAUAGCAAAGUUGUGACGCUGGUGGCCCUGCUGAUGGUCACCAUAUGGAGCUCCGAGACUGAUGCAAAGCCCAUCAGUCUGGUGGAGAGAUGUUGGUGUCGGUCCACGCUCAACACCGUCCCACAGAGGAGCAUCCGUGAGAUCAAGUUCCUCCACACACCCAGCUGCCCAUUCCAAGUCAUUGCUAAGCUGAAGAACAACAGAGAGGUCUGCAUCAACCCCAAGACCAAAUGGCUUCAGCAGUAUCUAAAGAAUGCCAUUAACAAAAUAAAGAAGUCAAAGAAGCGCUCCAAGUAAACAAACACACAAGGAUGUGUGAGGAGGACCAGAGUGCAUCGCUAAUGUUCACAGAGAUACACGUCCUCUUCAUUCUCUCUGAUUUCACUUCCACUUUCUGGACUGCUUGCACAAACAGCACUUCACCUAAACCUGCCUCUCAAGCAUCCAGGCAACCAACCGAUCACCAAACACCUUCGUUCAGACACACAUAACUGUAGCUGUGAUUGUAUACUGCUGCAUGUGUGAGCAAGUGUAUGGAGUGACUGAAUGUGAACAUGUUAAUGAAGACAAGACAGUGUGUUUGAGAGAUAUUUAAAGGCUUUUCACUUCUUAAAGGAACAAUUCUGCCAAAAAAAAAAAAAAGAGCAUUUUGUCAUUGUUUACAUCACCUUUGUGUUCCACGGAACCAAGUCAUACAAGUUUGAAACAACAUAAGGGUGAGUGUGAACUAUCUUUUUAAGGGGCAGUAAAAUGGGAAUUUUUGUGUCAUAGCUGUGAGGGAUGUUUUGUUUAAGAGAAGGGAAAAAAAGUAAAAAAAACAAAAAACAAAAGUGAAAACUAGAGAAAGAGGAUUACUAACCCCUUUUUUAAGCUCACAUUUGUGCUAUUUUGCCACUCGUGGCACUCAUGGCAUAGUCUGGGUGCUAAAAGCUCACCUGCACACAUGAAUGACCGAGCACACAGUCUCUACUGAGACAGAGGGUUGCUAUUACAGGAGCCAGAACCAUAGUUUCCUCAUUGCUUUUCCUCUUUUCUACCUGUAUGUAAACUCAGAGAAAGGCCAGACACUGAAUUCCAAGAUGUAUGCCAUUUAAAGCAGACAUACUGCAUGUAUAAAGCAGAGUUUAUGUUUAAGGAAUAUUCUGGGUUCAAAACAAGUUAAGCUCAAUUGACAGCAUUUGUAUUAUAAUAUUGAUUACCCCAAAAAUGAAAAAAAAAGUGCUGAGUGACUCCAGUCAGGCUUCCUAAGCAACCAAUUGGCCCAGUUGCUAGGGCGGGUAGAGUCACAUUGGGUUAACCUCCUCGUGGUCGCUAUAAUGUGGUUCUUGCUCUCAGUGGGGUACGUGGUGAGUUGUACGUGGAUGCCGCGUAGAAUAGCAUGAAGCCUCCACACGCGCUUGGUCUCUGCGGUAACGCGCUCAACAAGCCACGUGAUAUGAUGGGCGGAUUGACGAUCUCAGACGUGGAGGCAACUGAGAUUCGUCCUCCACCAUGCGGAUUGAAGCGAGUCACUAUGCCACCACGAGGACUUAGAGAGCAUUGGGAAUUGGUCAUGCCAAAUUGGGGAGAAAAGGGGAGAAAAAAAAGCAAACAUCUGGGUUACAGUGAGGCACUAACAAUGGAAGUGAAUGGGGGCCAAUUCGUAAAUGUAAAAAAAAAAAACACUAUUUCAAAAGUAUAGCCACAAGAUGUAAACAAUGUGUGUGUUAACGUGUGUUAGUGUGAUAAAAAUCACUUACUAACCUUUUCUGUGUAAAGUUAUAGCUAAUUUUACAACUUCACUGCCAUGACGAUGUAAUGUCAACAAACCCUAAAACCCAAAAUUGAUCGUAAAAACAAUGAUUUAAACAACUUUACAGCUCAAAUAACACGAGUUUUAACAGAAGAAUUAAUGUAAGUGCUUUUAUAAAAUUAUAAGCUUCACAUUUCUGCCUUUAAACCCUCCAAAUAUUAGCUCCACUCACUUUCAUCAUAAGUGCUUCACUGUAACCACGAUUUUUGCUUCUUCUUCUUCUUUUUUUUUCUUUUUUUUUUAAAAAAGGAGGGACGAGUCAAAAUAAUUUUUUUGUGGUAAUCAACAUAAUGUCACAAACGCUGUCGACUGAGCUUAACUUGUACUGAACCCAGAAUAUUCAAUAAUGCAAUCAUGCCAUGCCAACUUAAAGGGAUACUUCACCCAAAAAAUGAAUAGUAAUAAAAGAAUUUUCAUUUUUGGGUGAACUAUACAGUAGCUUUGAAACUUCUGCUCAUGUAUAUCAAGCCAUAUUCCAUGACUCAGGCCUUAAUUAAUAGCAUUUGCAUCACCCAUCUUUACUUUUGAGUGCCCUCGUUGUGUUUCGCGGUUGUGAUUUGGAUCAAACAAGAACUACCAACUGACCUUAUGUAAUGUAAAUAUUCUCCAGUACUAUACGGCAGUCAGUAAAUGGGUUGAACAGGGACCAAAACUGAACUGCAUAAAUGCAAGCAAUUUGUAGACUAAAUAAAUACUAUGUAUUCCAAAUAUAUCAUCUUGUGUUUUUAGCCACAGCAUGAAGGGUUAUGACUGUGAUUAUGAUUUUCUGCAAUUAACAUGUUGAGCUAACACACAUUCUUUCUGUUCAGAUAACAUUUGGACUCAAAUACCCAAAUGCUGUUACUUUUCUUUAUUUUACGAGACACUUAAAAACUGUAAGGAGCUUUUAUUGUAAUUAUUUAUUUUGGUAUUUUUUUACAACAGUACUUUAAGAAGGUCUGUCACACACAGAUCACACUUCCACAAUUAGGCCUGUAAAAUACACUGAAAGAAAAAAUGUUAACCUAAAAAAAUGUGCUUCAUGUUGUAACAUCUAAACUAACUAGUUUUAUUCAAGUCUUAUUAUUAUUUAACAUCACUAAAUCAGCCUAAAUACAUUAAGUUACACCAACAAAACUCAUUUUAUGGGUUAGAUCGGGUAACAAAUGCAUAUAACAAAUGCAAAUUACCACUUUAUACAGUGUACUCUACACAAAAUAUGAACGCAAUCACUUGAUUUCACACGUCUUUGUGUUCUGAAAUGUGUCUUUCUGUGCAUUGUUGUUGUAUUUGCGACUGCGUAGAGUACGUUUCUGGCCUUAUUCAUCUGUCUGAGCUGUAUUAUGUCAGUCUAUAUUCCAGAAGAAGGGUAUGAAAGUUACAUUUUCUUGGAUUGGAUUUGAGAAGUAAAAAUGUGAUGCAUGAAUAAUAAAAUCAUUUCACCCCUCUCAAGAAGCUACUGUAGUUUUAAGCUACAAAAUAUUUAAACUUCAAAAAUACUUCAAUUUGAAACCAGUGAAUUCAACUGUUAUCCGACUAAAAUGAUAGCAACUCUAUCAUUGAUUUUUUUUUUUAUUGUAUCACACACAUACUGUAUAUAGAUUACAGUUCCUUAGGUUUAAAAAGAGAAAUGUACUUUAUAUUUGAAAAAGGAAGUGGUAGUCAUAUGCUUUUCAUUAGGUCUUUUCAAUGUGCACUCGACAUAUGUGUGUUUCUUUUGUUUUCUAUGGUUGCCCUGUAUGAAUUUUUUAUUGUAAAAAGGGUGUCCUAUUAAAAAGGCUCCAUCGUAAGUGUUGCCUUUGGGUCAGUAGGGCCAGAUAUCUACACACUAAAACUAGCAGAGGCAUUUGAAGAGAAAGUUUGUACAAUAUAUAAAAUUCAUUAAAAUACACAGUAAGGGGGGGGGGCCCUUGGUAGCUCAGUGGUAAAAUACGCUGGCUACCACCCCUGGAGCUCGCUUGCUCGCUAGUUAGAAUCCCAGGGCGUGCUGAGUGACUCCAGCCAGGUCUCCUAAGCAACCAAAUUGGCCCGGUUGCUAGGGAGGGUAGAGUCACAUGGGGUAACCUCCUCGUGGUCACCAUAAUGUGGUUCGUUCUCGGUGGCCGCGUGGUGAGUUGAGCGUGGUUGCCGCGGUGGAUGGCGUGAAGCCUGCACACGCAAUAUGUCUCCGUGACAACGCGCUCAACAAGCCACGUGAUAAGAUGCGUGGGUUGACGGUCUCAGAUGUGGAGGCAACUGGGAUUUCGUUCUCCACCACCCAGAUUGAGGCAAAUCACUACACGAACAUGAGGACUUAAAAGCACAUUGGGAAUUGGGCAUUCCAAAUUGGGAGAAAAAAAUAAUAAAAAAUACACAGUAUAAUAGGUUAAACAAGGCUGACAUUUGUUUUCAAUAUGUUUGUAUGAAAUUAUGGUAUACUGUCUUGUCUGACGGUGUCGUCUACUGAAAGUCAUUGUGUAUUGCAGUCAUUAUCCCAAGAAAAUGUGAAGGAAAAAGGAUGUUACUCUUUGAUGCAGCUCACUAUGUCAGAAACAAAUGUGUCUUGAUGCCUCUAUAUUUUCACUACUUGUCAUUAAGGAUUGAAAUUGAUACUUUAUAACUCACUUUUUUUAUAUAAUAAAUAACCAAUCUAU